AUGCCUGACGAGCCCUUAGAAUCCGGCUGGUUCUACGCCACAGUGCCGCGGAGUGGCGGCCUCCCGGCCUUCCUGUCGUUCGGGAGGGGGAGCCUGGAGAAGACGACGCAGAGCCGAAUAGGCACCCUCCUCAGGUCCGCCCCCGCGCCUCCGCCGGUGCAUGCAUUGAGGGGCCAGACCUUCAACCCCUCUCCCGAGGUCUACCGCUUUGGCGCCGGCACGGCCAUCGUGGUGUGCCAGUCCCCCUCCCCGGGCUCCGGCCCCGGCCCCGCCUACCAGGAGCCGGCCCUGGCCUCCGACCCCACCGGCCUCUGCAUCCUGGCCCCCGGCUCCUACAUCUCCAACCUGGAGGAGCUGGCGGAGCGGUACGAGGACGCCCCCGCGCCCCGCGGCGCGCCCCAGGACCCGCGCGCCGCGGCGGCGGCCCUCGUCCUGCGCCUCUACGCCCGCGACCCCGACCCCCUCCUCGUCCUGUCCGAGCUCCAGGGCGAGUACGCCUUCCUGCUGUACGACGCGGAGCGGCGCACGGCCUUCGCGGCGCGCGACGCCUCGGGCGCGCUGCCCCUGCACUACGAGAUCGACGCCGACGGCGGCGUCAGCGUGGCCAGCGCGCCGCUCCCCGUCCCCGCCGAGGUGGGCCUGACGCACUGGGAGGUGGUGCCCCCGGGCCACUUCCUGGCGGGGCGCAGCCCCCGCCUGCACCAGUUCGCGCUCACCCAGGACCAGCUGGCGGCGCGGGAGGCGCUGGAGGUCAGCCUGGAGGAGGAGUGCGUGUCACCGCGCGCCUCGCGUGCUUCCCUGGACUGGCAGAGCUCCCAGCAACUGGCCUUUUGA